CAGUGGAUCUUAAAAUUUUAUCGCAAAAAUGUUAAACGGCAUGAACGGUUAUGCAAAUCAGUCAGAAUUGCAUAGCAGAAAUGAAUCGGACAAGAUUGUUAUAUCAGGCAUUGCUGGACGCUUUCCGAAUUCGCGAAAUGUUGAUCAAUUUUCGUACAAUUUGUAUAAUAAAAUCGAUAUGGUCGAUGACGAUGAACGUCGUUUCCAACAUAUCAAAGGCAUUUCUCCUCGGAAUGGUAAAGUAUACGAUUUGGGAAAGUUUGACGCUGGCUUCUUUAAUGUCAAAUCAUCCUUUGCCAGUUCAAUGCAUCCCCAAAUAAGAUGUUUAUUAGAACAUGCUGUGGAGGCGGUUUACGACGCUGGUAUUCAUCCAAAUGAAAUUGCCGGUAAACGAGUGGGAGUGUUUAGUGCUGCUAGUGAUUUUGAGCAAAUAAAUGGAAACAACUUCAAGGCAGACGCGUAUUCAAUAAUCGGGGGAACAAAAUCAGUCGUUGCUAAUCUCAUUUCACAGUUUUUGGAUCUCAAAGGACCGUCAAUGACAGUUGAUUCUGCAUGCAGUAGCUCGAUGAUGGCGUUGCAAUGUGCUUACAAUGCAAUGAUGUGCGGUGAAUGUGUUGCAGCUAUAGUGACCGGAAGUAAUUUAGUAUUGACACCGAAUGCCGCCCUUCAAAUGACAAAGCUCGGAAUGCUCAGUCCGGAUGGAUACAGCCGUGUAUUUGAUGAAAAAGCUUCUGGUUACGUCAAAUCUGAGGCAGUUGUUGCUAUCUUCAUUCAGAAAUACAAAGAUGCCAGACGUUGCUAUGCAAAAAUUGUCCAUUUAAAGAGUGGUGCAGAUGGAAAGAAACCAGAUGGCCCUGUGUCACCAUAUGGUGCCGAACAACAAAAACUUAUGGAAUUAUUUUACGAUGAAAUAAAAAUGUCCCCAAACGUUGUUCAAUACGUUGAGGCACACUCAACGGGGACAUCAGUUGGCGAUCCACAAGAGUGCAAUGCUAUCUUGAAUGCUUUUUGUAAAGAUAGAUCGACAGCGUUGUUGAUCGGUUCUGUUAAGUCCAACAUGGGUCAUUCCGAAAAUUCGGCAGGACUUAGCUCGAUAGUCAAGUCAAUACUUACAUUCGAGACCGGGACAAUAGCGCCCAACAUUCACUUCGACCGACCAAAUAAGAACAUUAUCGGAUUGAACGAUGGUCGAUUGAAAAUUGUGUUGGAAAAGACCGAAUUCCCCGGCUCGUUUAUUGCUUUGAAUUGUUUUGGUGUUGGAGGCGCGAACGGACAUGCCCUUCUUCAAAAACACAGUCGAAUCAAAAGUGACCAUAAAUCGUCAUCGCAAGCAAUUCCAGCACUUGUUUUCUGGUCAAGUCGAACCGAACAGGGAUGUCGUGACGCAUUCACUUACAUUGCGAACCAUCGAUUAGAUAGAGAAUUUAUUGGCUUAAUACAUAAGACUCAAUCAUGGCCGAUGAGUGAAGCGCGUUGCCGAAGUUAUGCAAUUUUUGAACAACGAACUGAUGAAAUCACCUGCACCUUGUUGACCGAAGAUAUUGUUCAAGUGGUGGACGACGAACCGAAACGUCCGGUUGUUUGGAUCUUCCCCGGAAUGGGAUGCCAAUGGCUGCAAAUGGGACUUUCUUUAAUGAGCGUGGCUGUGUUCAACGACGCUAUUAAACAAUGUCAUCGUGCAUUGGAGGUGUUCGAUAUUAACUUGAUGCAUAUCUUAACAUCAGAUCGUUCGAAAGUGUUGGAAGAUGUUGUUGAAUCAUUCGUUGGCAUUGUUUCCAUCCAAAUUGGUCUUGUGAACUUGUUAAAAGCCCUUGGUGUUGAGCCUGAUUUCAUAUUGGGACACUCAGCGGGCGAAAUUUGCUGCGGAUAUGCUGACGGAUGUUUAACUUUGGAACAGACAAUUCUGAUUGCAUAUUUUCGUGGCAAAGCCUUUCUUGAAACUGAAAUAAUUGACGGAGCAAUGGCGAGUGUAGGUAUCGGAUAUAAGAAGAUACAAUCCAUGUUGCCCAAGAAAAUUGAAGUUGCUUGCAGAAAUGGACCGGAUUCGUGCACUAUUUCCGGUCCCGCCGAUGACGUACAUACAUUUAUGGAACAACUGACGAGCCAAGGCAUUUUUGUAAAAGAAGUUGCUUCACUUAACAUUCCCUAUCACAGUUCAUACAUACGAAAAGUUGGCUGUAAAUUUCAACAGUUUGUGGAAGCAAUUAUAUUGAGUCCAAAGUCACGCACAUCCAAAUGGCUGAGCACCAGUAUCCCUAAUGCCAAUUUGAAUAACGGCCAGUCAAAUGUUUGUUCGGCCGAGUAUCAAACAAAUAAUCUCGUGUCACCAGUACUAUUCGAAGAAGCAAUGGCUCAGCUUCCACCAAAUUCAUUAACAAUUGAAUUAGCACCAUUCGGUUUGCUGCAAGCAAUUCUAAGGAAAGGUAUGCCUGACGCAAUGCACGUCACCCUAACCAAGAUGGAUCAUCUGAACGAUGUGCAACCACUUUUGCAAGGUCUUGGAAAGAUGUACAAUUUUGGCGUUGACAUGAACAUUGACAAACUAUACAGUCCGGUUGAAUUUCCGGUUUCACUGGGAACACCAAUGAUAUCGCCGAUAAUUAAUGCUGGUUGGGAUCACAAAGAUGAUUGGUUCGUUCCACAUUAUGAAGAGAAGCAAGAUACCAGAUCGUCAGAACAAAAAUACAAGAUUGUGCUGUCUAGUGAUGAUCAUUCGUAUUUGCUGGGCCAUAAAGUAAAUGGUGCAGCUGUAAUGCCAGUAACGGGAUACAUAGUUCUGGUUAUGCAAACAUUUGCCAAUAUCAUGCAGACAGAGUUUAGUGAACUAUCCAUCAAAAUGAGUGAUGUGAAAUGUGUUGCCAAUUCCAUUAAAUUACUGAAGGAUACGUUGCUCCAGUUCGUCAUCACUUUGACCAAUGUUGGAUACUUCGAAGUCGUUGAAUCGGGAACGUUGCUCAUGAGUGGACAUAUAGAGCAAUUCACUGAUGACGUCACUUUUCGGUCAGCAAAGCGUCAUUCUGCUGCGACGAUACUCGAAUCGAACGAUUGCCGUAAAGCGCUCAGAUUGAAAGGAUACCAAUUUGACGAGGAAUUUGCAUCAUCCGUGCGAGAAGUGUCAGUAUUUUCCGAAGGAACAUGUGGACGAGUAAAAAUGGGUCAACAUUUUGAAACAUUCCUGGAAGGUUGCUUUCAAAUUGUAAACCUAGCCUACGAUUCAUACUCGGCAUUUGCGUUGCAACAUUUCGAGUCGGCUGUUAUUAACAUGAAAAAAGUGAACCAACUGUCGACGAUGAUGUGGUACGAAAAAGAGUGCAAAACAUUGCAUGGUGUCGGUAUUGAAAUUACUGGCAUUGAAGGGAAAAUGUUGGCGGAAAAUGUCGGAAAUGAAGUGAAACCUCUUCUGGAAUCCUACUCAUUCAUUCCGUAUCAUGAUACCAGCAAAGCCAUGGGUCAGAUCAGUGUCAAUGAUAAAGUUUAUCAAUUAUUCCAAAUCGUCACGGAGAACAUCAACAGCUUUGUUUUAAACAUUCUUGAAAUUUGUCCAAAAGACAUGGAUCCAUUGUUGACGCAUAUUCAAUCAAGUUUGGCACGCGUUAAAAUGAUCAUAGCCGAAUUUUACCUAGCUACUGAAAGGGAAUGUGCCGAUAUGGAUGAUGUGACCACAAUUAACUUAGAUGAACUGGUCCGCUUGCCCAGUAACAUGUCACUUGUUAUUGGUUCUGGUUUGUGUGGAGAUCUGCAUCAAUUUAAAAUGGCAUUGAAAAUCUGCAAAGAUCACGCGUUUGUUAUUUCAAGGGAAGCAUCAAAUUUCGAAAUCGAUUCGGAGAAAAUACUUCCAAACGUGCAUGUCGUCAGCACUGCAUUCCUUAGCGAUUUCACCUUAAUUAUGUUCGAGUACCGAAUUCGAAACGCGGAUGAAAAAAUUGAUAGAUUUAUCAAUGUUACCAACUCGAAUUUGGAAUGGCUGAAAGUGUUGAAGGGAACACAAAAUACCGGAAGGAUCUACUUAAUCGUGCAGUAUGAACAGCAAUUUAGUGGAAUUGUUGGAUUCGUAAAUUGUUUGCGUAAAGAGGCGGCUACUAAUGUCUAUUGUGUGUUGAUUGAAGAUCCACAGGCACCGAAAUUCGAUCCGGAAAUACCAAUGUACAAGAAGCAACUUGAGAAGAAUUUGGUCAUGAAUAUUUACAGACACGGAACAUGGGGUGCCUUUCGGUUCACUGAACUUGAAUCUAAUCAAUUAUCACAGCCGCAAAGCAAAUACUGUUACAUGAACUACUCAGACCAUUUGGCUUGGCAUCAGAUGGAUGUAGAAACUGCAGCUACUGUAAAAGUGCAAUAUUUAACACUAAAUCGGGAGUAUCUAAACUCACUAAUUGAAUAUUCGGGCACAGCAAUAGACGGACAACAAGUGUUUGGUAUAGUAAAUAAUUCAAAAAUGUUGGUGACACACGUUAAUCCGGAACCACAUUUAACAUGGAUUGUGCCAGAAUUCUGGAACUUGAAGCAAGCAGUUACAGUGGCAGUGCCCUAUUUAACGAUCUAUUACACUUACUUUGAGUUAUUGAACGUACAAAGAGGUGCAACAAUUUUGAUACAAACAAGUGAAGUAAUGGCCAUUGCUGCCAUACAAACAGCAGAGAUGUACAAUUUGAAAUGGGUCGCGGUAGUCGAUUCAAUCGAAACGAAGGAGUCCAUAUGCGCAACGUUUUCGUUUCUAAAUCGGAAUCGUAUUAGAGUUGGCAAUAGUCCGUCGCUGCAUAAAAUGAUAAUGCAGGAAAUUGAUAGUGAAGGUGUUGAUUAUGUUUUGUGUUCAUCAAUGUGUAGCAGCGUAAAAUCAAUUGUUGCUUGCUUGAAGAAAGAUGGACAAUUUCUUCACAUCACGUCCGACGAACGGCCUGUCAGUUUUGAUGUGGACAUGCGGGAUUUAAACAAAGAGAUUCGAUUUUAUACGACAUCAAUGCAUGAUUUGAUCAAUGCACCAAGUGAUGUAUUAAAGCAACUGAACCAUAAACUUCAAAGAGAUAUCGACAAUGGGAUGGUGUUGUCGUUUAAGUCAAAAGUUUUUGCAGCAAAUCAAAUACAAAACGCCAGCCAAGAAUUGUUAAAUAAAAAUUCGACAAACCGGAAAAUUGUGAUUCAAGUCAGAGAACAAAUGCACGACGUUGAAACGUUGCCAGUUCCAGUUUGGCCCACAGUCUUGUUCAAGCCAAAUUCUGUUUAUAUCGUCAUUGGAGGCCUGGGUGGUAUUGGCCUGGAAUUAUCCAAUUGGAUGAUAAAACGUGGCUGCAGAAAGCUUGUUCUCUGUAGUCGAAAUGGGAUUAAGAAUUCAUAUCAAGAAUAUCGUGUCAAUCAAUGGAAGUUGAAAGGGGUUGAAAUUCAUUUGAAUUCGGAUAAAAUUACUGCAAGAGAGGGAUGUCAAGCCCUGUUGAACGAUGCAAAACGGUUCGGUUCAAUUGGUGGGAUCUUUCAUUUAGCAGUUAUUGUUCACGACAAGUUGUUGGAUAAUCAGAGUUUCGAUCACUUUUCCGAAACAUUUGCUGUUAAAGCAAUGUCAACAGAAUAUUUAGAUGAAUUGACAAGAAUUCAAUGUCCCAAUCUUGAACACUUUGUUGCAUUCACGUCUGUUGCAAACGGUCGUGGCAGUCCCGGUCAAACAGCAUAUGCUCUCGCUAACAGUGUGAUGGAACGUUUCGUUGAAAACCGUGUGAAUUGCGGAUAUUCCGGUAAAGCAAUUCAAUGGGGACCCGUUGCAGAUGUCGGAUUGAUUGCUGUUCUAACCGACAUGGAUGGCAGCGUUGAAUUGGGUGGCGUGUCGCAACAACGAAUCUCAUCGUGUUUACAGGUUUUGGAUGUAUUGCUGUCAUGUUCAGAUCCGAUCGUCUCUAGUAUUGUAAUAGCUGAAAAACAUGGAUUCGGCAAAACACUUCAAGAAUUUAUCAUGAACAUGUUUGCGAUCAAAGGGAAUAAGUCCAGCAUUUUAAAUAAGACAUUGAGUGAAUUAGGCAUGGAUUCAUUAGAGGCAAUGGAAAUUGUCCAACGAAUUGAAGUCAAUUAUGAUAUGGUCGUGCCCGUUGAUGAGAUUCGUAAUCUAACCAUACAAGCUCUGAUGGAUUUCGUAGAAGGAAAGGCAGAAGCGAAAUAAAAAAAAAUGAAAAUCAAUUAAUUAAAUAAGACCAUGUUAUAUCGA